UCCAGCCCAAUACAUCCAUGGUUCCAGCGCGGUACCGUUUGCUUUUGAUCGGAAUGAAUCAAUGAAUGAAAUCAUACCUGACUGUUACAUCUAGCGCCUUCACUCGUUGUCUCCUAACGAAGCCCACUGAUUGCCACGCUGUUGUGUUUAAAGUACAAUAUUAAAGCAUCCUUUGGGUUCCUAGACAAGGGCGGAGAUGGCCGGAAUACUAUUUGAAGAUAUCUUCGAUGUAAAAGACAUUGAUCCAGAUGGGAAGAAAUUUGACAGAGUGUCUCGUCUACAUUGUGAGAGUGAAUCUUUCAAGAUGGACCUCAUCCUCGAUGUAAACAUUCAGAUCUAUCCCGUUGAUCUUGGUGACAAAUUCAGACUGGUGAUCGCUAGCACGUUGUAUGAAGAUGGAACGCCAGAUGAUGGCGAGUACAAUCCUCAGGAUGAUCGGCCAUCAAGAGCAGAUCAGUUUGACUAUGUGAUGUACGGAAAGGUGUACAAGAUUGAAGGGGAUGAAACUUCGACAGAAGCUGCAACGCGCCUAUCAGCCUACGUGUCUUACGGAGGCCUCCUCAUGAGGCUUCAGGGCGACGCCAACAAUCUUCACGGCUUUGAGGUGGACUCCCGAGUCUACCUCCUCAUGAAGAAGUUGGCCUUCUGAACCCCCCUCUGCUCACCCCACUUUCCAUGCUUUCUCCUAAUCUCACAGUUAACCUCAUGGUCAUAGUAACCUGGGUACCAAAAACAUUCAUAAAACCAGUUAACACAUUACAAAGUAAAUAUAUGGAUUCAUGUUUGCUUUUAUUCAUAAUUCUGCCACCAAAGUGAUGGACUACAACCUGAAUACUGUGACACAUACGAACUGCUGCACACUCCACCUGCAGGGAAACUGUAAAUAAAGAUCUCUUUUAUACAAAAUGA